AUGGCUCACUUCACAAAAUCUCAGCUGGAGAAGCCGAAAGACUUCAACUUUGCCAGAAAUGUAGUAGAUUAUUGGGCAGCCAAAGAUCCAGAAUCAGUGGCUAUGUACUGGGUAUCUCAAGAUCUGUCCGAGACACGAAUGUUGAAGUACAGCCAUUUCGAACGACAGUCGCAUCGAAUCGCCGCCCUCCUUCAGAAACUGGGUCUGUCAGCAGGGGAUAGACUGGUGAUGAUACUUCCUCGAACUCCAGCCUGGUGGGAGAUAGCACUCGCGUCCAUCCGCAGUGGAAUCGUCAUCUGUCCGGCGACAACUUUACUAGUGGCAAAGGAUAUCGAGUUUCGCUGUAAGCUAAUGGGCGCGACAGCUUUCUUUGGUGACAAGACAAGCGUCGAGAAUUUCAUGAGAGUUAGAAACAGCUGUCCGACAGUCAAAAUCGUAGUGCAGGUUGAUGAGACGAAAAAAGCUCGCGAUUCCGCUAUCAUCGACUACUACCAACGCCUUGAGUUAGUUGAUGCAUCUGUUAAUUUUGAAAGUCCUCGACUUCAGAUAAGCGAUCCGUCUCUGAUAUAUUUUACGUCUGGAACGUCGGGUCCUCCAAAGAUGGUGCAGCACAACCAGAUUUCAUAUCCCCUAGCACAUACCUUGACAGGAAAACAUUGGCUUCAACUCAGCCCUGGAAAAGUGUACUGGAACUUAUCUGAGCAAGGUUGGGCAAAAGCAGCAUGGUCCUUUUUCGGGACCUGGAAUUGCGGCGCAACACUCUUCGUACACGACGACCGUGGGGCAUUUGACCCGCUCCGCCUCCUACACAUUCUACAGACCUACCCCAUCACCACGCUGUGCGCACCACCAACAGCAUAUCGACAGCUAGUCCUCCAGAAAAGCAAGAAGUUUCUCGAACGGAAUCCGCCGAAAGCACUAGCUCAUUGUACUGGUGCCGGAGAGCCACUGAAUGCUAGUGUCAUUGAUGAAUGGCAGAAGAUGACUGGAUUGGAGAUUUUUGAUGGAUAUGGACAAACGGAAACUGUGCUGACGUGUGGGAAUUUCGCUGGUACGGCCAUCAGGCCCGGAUCGAUGGGCAGGCCGACACCUGGAGUCCCGCUGAAGAUCAUCUCGUCAGACGGUACGGAGUGUGUACCGGACACAGAGGGCGAUAUUGCGAUCCUGGUCAACAGAAACCCGGCUGGGAGCUCAGAAGAGUUUUUCGGUCUGUUUGACGGGUAUCUUCGGCCUGACGGGAGCUUGGACAGGAGAAUCAAGGACCUGGGCGGGAAAGAGUGGUAUCUGACGGGUGAUAGAGCGACGAGGGACAAGGAUGGAUAUUAUUGGUUUGUGGGAAGAGCUGACGAUGUCAUUAAUUCUUCUGGGUACAGAAUAGGUCCCUUCGAAGUCGAAUCGACACUAAAGUUGCACCCCGGAGUCGCAGAAUCAGCAGUUGUUUCUUCACCCGACGAGUCUCGAGGCGAGGUGGUCAAGGCAUUUGUCGUUCUAACUUCUGAGUUCAAAAAUAGUAAAGACAGCAACGAGAUCGUGGAAGAACUGCAGGAUUUCUGCAAAGAGAAUGCAGCGCCGUACAAGUACCCACGGAAGAUCCAGCUCGUUGAUCCGGAUUUCUUGCCGAAGACCAUCAGUGGGAAGAUCAAGCGGAAUGAAUUGAAAGCUGCGGAGUGGAAGAAAGAAAAGAAGUCCAAGCUUUGA